AUGACAUUAAAGUACACAGGAGUAUCAAAGUUCAUUCUAGCUGGAUUCACAGGUAACAAGAAUGUUCAGGUUUUGUACUUCAUUAUCUUCCUCCUCAUCUAUCUGCUUACUCUUUUGGGGAACAUUAUCCUUCUAUUCAUACUAAAGGCAGCCUCCAGCCUCCAUACACCUAUGUAUUUCUUCCUAAGCAACCUUGCUGUUCUGGAGAUUGGAUACACCUCAGUCACCCUCCCUAAACUCCUGGCAAUCUCCUUAGGAACAGCAACGACUAUCUCACGUCCAGCUUGCCUAGUGCAGACAUAUUUUUUCUUCUUCCUGGGUUCUACAGAGUGCUUCUUACUUGCUGUUAUGGCCUAUGACCGUUAUCUGGCCAUCUGCAAUCCUCUGCGAUAUUCAACACUUAUGUGCAACAGAGUGUGUGUCUCCUUAUCUUUAGGAUCCUGGAUUACUGGUCUUCUGAAUCCUUGCCCACCUAUCAUCAUGUUUAGUAGGCUUCAUUUCUGUGGCAACAUUAUCAACCACUUCUUCUGUGAUAUCCCACCACUGCUCAGCCUCUCGUGCAGCAAUACCUACAUCCUUAGCACAGCCAUCUUCAUCAGCUCAUUUGUCAUAGUGUUAGGCACGUUCCUGUUGACCAUGCUUUCAUAUGCUUGCAUUCUGUCCACUCUCCUAAGGAUGUCCUCAGCUGCAGGUCGACAGAAGGCAUUCUCCACCUGCUCCGCCCACCUGACUGUUGUCUUCCUGUUGUAUGGAACAUUGAUCUUUAUGUAUGUGAUUCCUGCAGCACAGCGGUCAAUGGAGAUGAACAAAGUGGUAUCUUUUAUCUACAGUGGGGUGACCCCCAUGCUCAAUCCCAUUGUCUACAGCUUGAGGAAUGAAGAUGUCAGAAAGGCUUUGAAAAAAAUGAUGCUAAGGAAAUUCAAUCCUGCAGUCUUAAGGAACAAAGCAGGCAGGAUGCUGAAAGAUCCAUAA